UGCUACGGUCCCUCUUGAAAUAUCAAAUAAUGAUGAAGAGGAAGGAUGGUAGGCUCAUAAUACCAUUUUGCUUAGCAGCGCUCAUCAUAAUAUGUUUGUCAACUGAUGGACCAGCUAGAUCAAUUGCCCGUUUCUCCUCGGAAGUCCAUGGGGUGAGAUCUCCGAUGUAUGGAAAUGCAAGUGGCCAGUCGGAAAAGGGAUUAUCUUGUUACCGUCAGGUACAGGUGUGGGCGGGCAAAAGGAGUCCCGGGACUCCGAAAAAUUCAGAAUGCCCAGGUCUAGAAUGUGGGCUUAGUUAUAUUCUUGACAGAAGUUAUGAGACUAUGGCGAAGAGUGAUGCAAUCGUGUUCUUUCAUGGUUCGAGUCGGGAUUGGGCGGAGAUGCAGAAGAGACGCCCACUGAAUCAGGCAUGGGUGUUUUAUUCUUUAGAGAGUCCUCGGUAUACGUCCAAACAUGCAGAGCCACCAGUUAAACUUGAUCGUUUAUAUAACUACACGAUGUCGUAUAUGCCAACGGCAACGAUUCUUAGUCCGUAUGGACUUUACAAUAAAACUCUUCCACAAAUAUCAUCAGGUGAAGGUCGAAAUUGGGCGAAGGAGAAAAGUGCCUUGGUGGCAUGGGCGGCAACCAAUUGCGGAAGAACAACCUGGCGCCGCCACGAAUUUGUGAAAACGCUCGCGAAGCACGUAAGCGUCGACAUGUAUGGUCGUUGCGGAAACAUGACUUGCGAUCGAUUUUCUAAAGAAUGCACGAACAUAAUCAAGAAUCACAAGUUUUAUCUGUCUCUUGAGAGCAGCGAAUGCCGGGACUACAUCACCGAGAAGUUAUGGUCUAACGCUCUAUUGAAUGAUGUCGUGCCCAUCGUGUAUGGUCCACCGCGGGAAGAUUAUGAGCGCGUAGCGCCACCAAACUCGUUCAUACAUUUACAAGAUUUCAAAAGCUUCCAGGAAUUGGUCGAUUAUAUUCAUCUUUUAGAUUCAAAUGAUGCCCUAUACAAUUCAUACUUCGAAUGGAAAAAACAUGGAUCGGUAAAAAUACUUGGUGAAGCAGUUGUUCUGUAUCCACCAUAUAUGUGUAAACUGGUCUCGAAAUUAUUGGAUGAUGAAGACAAGCUGCGAAAGUUUCACCAGGAAGCAGAGCAUCCUUCUGUCCGUGAUGAUAUAUUAAGUUCUUGCUUUGAGCCAACCGGAUUUCCACAUGAUUUCUAAAGUGCAAGGAGCAUCACGAUACUUUCAAUAAUUAUGUUGAUUAUGACGAUGGUUACAAUAGCACUGACGUUCAUCAGAAAUAAUAAAAUGAUUAUCACACUAUUGGCAGAGGAGCGUUUCAUGAAA